AUGACCAAUAAGAUCGAAAUGUUCACAGAAUCACUAUUCACGCCAAGACCGACGGCAGGCGAUGAGUUCCGUGCCGCCCUUAUUUCCUCCGGACUCUCCCCUCAAGCCAUUGAAGGAAUCCUUGACAUUAGCUGCACGGCAUACCUAUCAUUUCUGGAGUGUGGAAAAGAAAUCAGUUUUCUGAAUGCUAUUGACGCGGUGACGAAAUGGAAGUUGACGCUGGAAAAGUUUAUUAGUACGCAGACGAAGAAGGAUCAGGAGGCGUAUGCACUGUUUUGUAGGAAGCAAGAGGAGCAGGAUAAGAAACGGUUUUUCUAA